GCCUUCUUUUAUACCCCUAGACUGGGUACCCUGCUACUACUAUGAGGGUGGAAGAUUCUAGACUAUAUAAGAAGAAGGUGGUCGUCAUGAUGCAAAGAAGGUGGUCCUCAAGUGCAAGAGGAAGAGACAAGACGCAUGCCUAGAAGAAUGUUUCUCUUCUAUACCCGUAGACUGGGUACCCUACUACCACCCUACUUUUUAGAGGUGGUGGAAGUGUUUUUGGCUACUAGUAUGUAAAGGUGGAGGUAUCUAUGGCCUUCUUGGGGUUGGCUGUCAGGUGCGUCUUUGGGUAUAAGAUGUGCUUAGUCGUCGGAGAAGUCAUCGCUUGGAGGACGGGGGUGAUCGUCCGAUAGAUAAUGUUAGAGUACAGCUUGUCCAUGAUCAUUUGGGAAAAUACUUUGAGAGUAGCGUGGUAGUUACUAAGAGAGGCGGUAAAGACGACGAUAGGAAAAAGGAAAAAGUGACAGACGACAGUAGGCUUUCAAUAACAGACGAGGGAACUCGAUCCAUUUCAGGUCUUUUGUCGAAAUUAAAGUUAUACGCACUUCUGAUUGAAUAUACUUGCGCAAUGGCUUGCCUUCCCUGUAGGUUUCUAAUCAUCAGAUAGGCCGUCGCUAUAGGUCUCUGGUUGUCCAGUGAAUAUUGAUAUUCAGCAAAAAUCAUGCCCGUCGUGUUUAUCACCACUGCGUAGUGUCUUUUAUUUUUCUGAGCAGCGUUUAUCGUCUCCACUAGAACCGUGUCUACUUAAUAUCUUCCGCAGCAACGACGUCGACGGCGCGUAAUUGAAACGUUGGCUUCGACGGCGCCAUGUUAGAAAAAGUAGCGACUUAUACCCCAAGAUUGGGCACACUACUACUGCUACUACUACUACCAGCACUACUACUGAUUCAUUUCUUCCCUUGCUUGUCUUUCUUGUUCGGUAGACCUAGAAAUUAGGUCAUACUGAAGGUAGAACUAGAAUCAGUGUCUUCUGGUAUCAACGGUUGUAGCUAUUUUUUGACUCUGACAUCAAGAGUAGUUUCAACCUGACAGUGAUACUCAGCAUGUACUUACUAAUUACUUUUUUUCAUCUCAAGUAGAAUAUGUUUUUUUUGACUAUCUAAGGUUCACAAGCCUAUAUACCCCGUCCUGAUUCUUGGGUACAAUACCACUACUACUAUACAGUUGUUGAGAAUGCAGUGAUAUUCAGCAUGGACUUACUAUCAUAGUUGUUGAAAACAUUGGUUUCAUCGAUAGAACUCAGAUACUAAAAAAUCAGACGCGACAACAACACGUCCUAAGCUCUGCAGCCCUUGGCAGACUCCCAGAGGGAGGAAGAAGUUCAGACCAUAUGGUCGCCAAUGCUCCUAUGUAGAAAGAUGUAAGCGGCUCCCUGCCCCCAACAUAGAAGAGCUGACUAGAGGGAAUAGAAGCAAGCUGAAUCCACAUGAAGUUAAUCGAUUUACUUGUCUAGAAGUACAGGAUUGCUCGAAUGAAGACGACAACGACCAAAUCAGCUCCGCUUCCACGGAACUCCAUCAUCAGCAUGCCACCAUCUCCGUCAAAGGAGAAAGAGCAACUGACUCAACUUCUACUUCCUCAUCUACUGUUCACAAAAAUGAUCACCACUCGCAAUCCAGGUGCCAGCGGCUUGUAACUGGCCGGAACUUGCAGGAGGACUAUGCGAGUUUAUGCGUCACGGGAAGGACGACAAAAAGCAAAACGAAAAUCGACAGCAGAGGAAGUUCGACGAUGUUGAAGAAAAGUAAAAGUAAAAAAAGAAGUGGGGGUUGCAGUCAGAUGAAAAUCAACAAGAUCAAAGCUAUAGAUGAACAAGCACCAACGCCAUCUCAAGUAGUUGAAAGCAAGAAAAUGAUCGCAAACAAGAGAUUUACCAAGUGGCUAAAAAGCGGCAUUAAAGCAGGACAAGGCAAAAAAAGCAUUGACGUUAGAAGAAACUACUACGGUUUGAGAAUGUUUUCCCCGCUAAAGAGACGAAAUAACACUAGACAAGAUAAAAAAGGACGUUGCAUCCAAGGAGCACUACCCCCAGAAAUCGUGAAGAAGCUUCCCAUCAAAGUGCAAAAAGGACGUCACAACUCUACAAGGAGUCGGAGCAAAUUCCUCGUACAGCAAUACCCAUCACUACGUGCAUCAACUAGAAUGAAACGCAAGCGCCUCAAAAUGAAAUGCAUCAAAAAUAAGAAGAAAAAAAGCGAAAGCUACUCGCAUCAACUACACACGCAAGAAAGAUCGUGCGUAGGUGGUGAUGAAAGAAGAGUGCCACAAGAAGCACGACAACAAGCGAAGACAUUUGCAAUUCAGAAAGUACUCAAGCAGUCUAAAUGUGAAGUCAGAAAAGCCACUGCGUUGAAGUCACCUAAAGAACACUCUAUCAAGCGCAGUGGCGUUGGGCGUUCAAUCAGAGCCGAGCGUAGCGAGGUCUCACAGUUCAGCUCCAUACUACCUGAGGAAAGUAUGGAAGUAAACUUUGACGAUUCUCCUUGGAGUCAUAACGAGGAAGCUUCCAAUAAAGAGGAUGAAGGAGAAGCUGAAGAAGAAGAAGAAGGGGAUGCUAAUAAAGAAUCUGAAGAAAGUGAAGAACAUCAUGAGCACACUCUUACAAAAAUAAGAGAGCAGGAAACAGGCCAUCUCUCGUUCGCCACCAUCAACAUGCGAUCCUCAGAGGCUCACUGCGAAAGGCUUGCUGUGAUCAUGAAGUUUGCCGCAAAGGAAAGGCUUGCGGCAGUCAUGCUCUCUGAGUUCGAAUACAGAAAGGCUAGGAGUGAGCCAGUAGUGCAUUGCUACGACGAAUGUGAAAACAUCCCUAGAUGUUGGGAGCCCAGCAAGGACACAGUAGAUGGCACGUUCCACUUGAAGCCUAUAAUAGUAGAGGGCGAGACUUUCACGCUGAUAUCUACCAGAGGUGCAGGCAUUUUAGUCCUUAACGCGGAACUGAGGCGACAGAUAUCAAGGCGCAGGAGAAGCGGCACUGAUUUCAUACGUGCAAGGAAUCGGGUAGUUUCCAUAUUUAUGGAUGAAAUCUCUAUGCACGCGUUCUACGCACCAACCGCAGCCCGAAGUGCUGACCUCAAGCGAGCGUUUCUACGCAAUCUUGAGGCUGCUUUACAGGACGCACGAUGUAGAAGAGACGACAAGUGGAAGUCCAGGAUAUUUGCUGGCGACGCCAAUGCGCAAGUAGGUAGCCUUGAGUCGCGAGGGCACUCUGCGGCUCUCGGACCCUACGGGAAAGAAAUUACCACAGAAGGCGCAGUGAGGCUGGUCGAGUUAAUGGCAGCUCAUAACAUGCAUCUAGUUAACUCAGUUAAGGACGCGCUUGACGCACAAGGAAGGAGGGAGACUUACAUUCCCGGUGGGCGAUUUGUCUCGGAAAUAGAUCACAUAUGGGUCAGUGGCAACAUGAAGCACAGGAUCAAGGACAUCAGAGCUGUAACGAUCAAACGUAGCACGGCGCCAUCUAGGUUCGACCAUAGAUUGCUGGCCAUGAGAACUGGAUUCAAGACAAGGCCUGAACUGAUCAAGGAGGGCCGUGAGCGGCAGGUCGCAAGGUGGGAGUUUGACACCAAUCCAUCAAAGGAACAGCUGGCCGCCUUUAAUACUAGACUGAAGCAGGUAGUCAUAGGUGACGGAGCGCAAGACGCGUUCGACCAUCCACUAGAAAGGCUGCGAAAAUACUUAAAAUCAAUGGGUGACGCAUUCCUAGUGCCUGCUGGGACGGGACCUCCGGAAGCAGCAGCAGACACACUUGUAGGAUCGAGAAGGAAGCUAGCAGAGGUAUGGGACUACUACAGGCAAGCAAGGAGUAGUGCAGGCACCAUUAAGCCUGGCAUCACCGGUGAACAGGCAAAAGCGAAGUACUACUCUGUAGGAAAUAAUCCAAAGCGCCCCGGUCUUGAGUCUCUCCCCAUUUUCGACGAUUUGGACAAGGUCAUGAACCGUGCAGACGAAAAAUUGACAAAAGAGCUCAAUCGCCCCGUCACAGCAGAAGAGAUAAGAUUCAAUCUAUCUAAAAUGCAACUUGCUGGCGCACGCGACGUAGAUGGGUUAUGCUGUAGAGUAUUUGACUACUUCGACGAAGAGGCUAUCAGGUGGUUGGCGAAAACCAUCAGUGAGGCGGUAAAGGAGUCCGGAAUCCUAGGGGCAAUGGGCGAAGAAUUCCAUUUGUGCAAGGACGUACCCUUAUACAAGGGCAAAGGAGAGAUUGAUAAUGCUGAUAACUACCGGUUUCUAGUCCUGGCGCCGGUCAUCAUGAAGCUGAUCUCACGCAUUUUUGGUUCGAGGUUGUUACGUUUUUGCGAAGACCAAAAGCUCCUUCCCCUAGAGCAGUUCGGGUUCCGCACCGCAAGAGGAACGCUAGGCGCGUUAACGAUUUUUUCGAAAAUAAAGGAGGACAUGGAACAUACCAAGGAGUCCGGACUUAACAAGACUUUGAUGUCAAUGCUAGACUUGCGCAAGGCCUUUCCUAGCCUUGACUGGCGGUUCGUGCGGAGGGUCUUUAGAAACCUAGGACUGCUGCAGACACCCAUAUGGAAUGUCCUUGAAGCAACACAUAGAAGCGCAGCACACAGCUUUGGUGGUGAAACCUUCUGGGUUGAGCACGGCAUGAAAGAAGGCUGUCCAACUUCGCCAACCUUGUUCGUGCUCACCUACUCCAUGCUAGUGAGGGUUUUCAAAGAAAGGGCACGAAGUAGGGGAAUCGCGCACGGCGUUCCCUUUGUCGGUUCUGCAGAAGGCUGGCUAGAAGACAGAACCAUGAGAGUACAGCGGGCAUUAUACGAUGAAGAGAGCACUAGGUUCGACAGAGUGGGGCUGGUUCUUUUUGCUGACGACACAACCGUAUUUGAAGUGCUGCCCUCUCAUCAAGUAGAUCAACUGCAUGCUGAAGCUGAGUCUGCUAUGACGGCAGGGAUUGCGCCGCCAACAACUGAGGUCACGCAGCUCUUGCUACAGACGAUAGAGGACGCAGGCACGGGAGAAAAUCCCACAAAGCGAGUUGUAGGCGAUGUGACCAGGCUCAAGCAGCGCAACUUAGGAAUGAAUACGUCAGCAACCCAGGACGAGUCUGAGAAGAUAAAGCGAGCAUGGGGUGCCACGUUCGCUAUGAAAAAGAGGCUCAGCGGCUUGGGAGGAGUUUCAAGGGAGGCCAAAGGACAAACAGUUCGUGCUGUGUCUAGAGCUUCGCUAGCGUAUGGACUACAGGCGAGGCCGCUCCCGCGAGAUGAGUUGCAGCGCUUAGCAGGUGCAGAGGUGGAAAUGCUCGCGCUUACCUUGGGUGUGCCACUCUGGAGAAUUUGGAAGGGCGAGGUGUCCAAGCACGCUGUCUAUCAUAUGGCAGCAGUCCCCCCUCUUGGGGUGUUCAUAGACUUCAUCAGGGCAAGGCACAUCGCGCACGAGAUGAGGACGAAGGAUGGCGAGUCGCUUGUAAAGACAGUUCUCAAAGCGCAAGCCAUGCAGAACAUGGAGGAGGAAACGGAAGGGAGACAAGAGUACAUCAAGUCCGUAAAACACAACAAAGCAUUACCACCUAGAGAAAGGCAAGUAGAAUCACUAAUGCAGCAAUUUGUCAUGCACUUAACAACCAAGUGCGGAAUGACUCUUGGUUUACUUCGGGAUGUGCUAGCUCCCCUAAGGACGUCGGGGCAGGAAGGAAAGGCGCUGAAGCACGAGGAAGAAGAAUACGUACACAGAAAGGGGAUGUUUCACGCCACCAUCAGGGCAGAUUACAUCAGGCGCACGGUGGAGUUCUGGGCCCCAAAAAAAGAAGAAGAAGGCGAACACGCUGCGCUAUAUGCUGCCAUGCUGGCAAAGGAUCAGUCCACCAGCAGAAGGCUGUCUAGCAACAGAUGGAAAGGCUCAACUAUCACCAAGCAGCAACUUGAGUAUUAUGAUGCAGACUCCUCUGAAAAAUCAAUGCUACUAGAAUUUGAAGUAACAGCGAAUGCAAGUGCGUGCCUAGUACCUCUUGGAAAUGGAAUUGAGAUCAACAUAUCGGCUGGUGGAAUGGAAUAUGACGCUGCUACUUUUGCUGGAGGUAAGGCUGCUAUCCUCAAGUUCACGAUGAGCACUGACAAGGACAUGAUCAGGAUGAAGGUGACGCGUCCCACUUGGCUAUACCAAGUAAGGAACAGAGGCCAACGUCUAUUGGCAUGGUCGAAAGGGGAAGGUUGGACACGUGCAGAAAGUGCUUAUGUUGUUGACCCAGCGACACGUCAGGCCUGCGAAGUAGUUAAGAAGCUACUACUCCCCGGCGUUGAUGUGGUAAUGUUAAGCAGCAACGAAGAUAGAGCAACCUUAAUAGUCAGCGCUGACUCCAAUUCCAAAGCCGAGGAAGUAUGGCGAGAGAAGCGACCACAGGCUUAUGGUAGCUGUAUAGCUUGCAAGUGGAAAGUCCGAGCGAUAGAUGAGUGGACAGUUGGCACUCGUGAGGAAAUUAAUCGACAGAUUGAUGACCAUGCUCAGCAAGAGCACACGUAUUGUCCUCCGGUGGCCCCCGCAGUAAUGUGUGCCAUGACAGCACUAGCAAAAGAGGAACAAAGCCAGCAGUAUGCAUUAGCCAGGCAGGAAGUUGGCAAAGAGCCCGGGGCCACCUUUCGUAGAGUAUUCGACGUUGGACCAAAGCGGAGCACAAGGAACAAGCACCAAGAACGUUACAAGUGCCUCAUAUGCAGUGUCAUUUUUUCCACCUCACUAGGAUCCAUGAAAGAGCAUGCGAAAAUGCAUCAGCAAAGUGGUCUAGUCAAAAUUGCGAGAGUACUAGUUGGGUCCCAGAUUGGGCGCGACAGCCCAGGAGUAGGAGCACUGCGGAACAUCUUCAGGCCAGAGCAGCACUACUUCAACGCAAAAACAAAAAAGUACGGCUAUGGUCCCUCCGCUCGACUACAGAGAAUUUGGGUUGAUGACGAGCAAUGGCUCAACGGCACUAACACCCACAUCUGCUGCCGUAAAUGCAAAAAGUGGAAGUUGGAAUUUGAAGAAAACAGCACCACCCUACUGCAGAGAUCUAAGCGGGUCGACAUGAUGAGGAAUCACGAAAAUAGAUGCAAAAAGGCGACGAAGUGAAAAAGUGGUGGAGAUGCAGCCUCUAAUUAAAAAGAUCUUACACCCCACGAGUGGGUACAUCUAUCUAUCUAUCUAGAAGUACUAUAGAUGCUUGACGUGCAGUAGUAAGACAAAAAGGACAUCAUCAUCAUUAUGGUUUCUCAUAAAGCGCGGUACGCGAAACUGAGACGCGUGCAUGUUAU